AGAUUACGUCUCCUUGUAUACAGUGUACCGAUAGUCCAGUGAUGCGCUUGGAACAACACUAAACAGAUCAAGGACCACAAGCCUGCCAUUUGGAGCAUGAAGGUUUAGCGGCGUCUCGAGAAGCAUCGUAUCCUGUACUUUCGAUGUCAUCGGACGGCAACCAUGCCAUGGAUGCCAAACAGGAAACCCUUUCGGCGGAAAGCGGUGGAAAUCUAAUCGAUCUCGACGACGAGUCUCAUGGCGACAGCGUCAGUCAAAGAAAUGCGCAGGGCGCAUCAGAUAUCAGAAAAGAGGGAGCAACUCCCAAUAUCACCAUGAAACUACAAGGUCUCAGCCUGGACCCCAACAAAGCCAUUUCAGAAGAUGCCUCUCAGCCGAACAAAGUUCUCCAGCCGACUCCUCCGAUCUCAGGCCCAUCCUCAGCCAGUGAGAAACAAUAUCUCGACCCUACGCCGAAAACGCCUACGGUCUCGAGACACCCCUCGGUGCGCGCUGCUACCGAAGAGUACAACGAGAAAGAUCCGGCGUAUGCUCAAGACCCCCAAGAUGGCACACUGGACGUUCCGCAUCAGGGCGCUGGUAGAGAUAAUGAAGUGGAAUCGACGUCCGAAAUACAGAGUAUCAUGGACCAAUUUGACGAUGCUUCUAUAGCUCCGUCGAAAGAAGAUAUCAUGUCCCCUAGGCAGGACAUGGCUGGACCUAUCCUUGGAACACCACAACAUCAUCCGCCUCGAAGGUCUAGUCUCGAUCAUCUCCUGUCAAGAGAUCUGGACGCUAUUGCGUCCUCGCCUGUGGCAUCUCAAUCUGAGAAACCUUUACCUUCUCCGCCAUUAGUGUCUCCGACUAGCGAGGACAAGACUCUAAGAAGACCUUCCCUCAAAGGGCCGACAGCAGCCUCAACGACUUCGUUGAUUCAUCAACCACCCCCGCCUGAACCGGAUCCUGAACUGCCUUUCGACUUCCAUAGAUUUUUGGAGCAACUGCGACACAAAUCGGCAGAUCCCGUGGCCAAAUUUCUGCGGUCCUUCCUGACAGAAUUCGGCAAGAAGCAGUGGAUGGUGCAUGAACAAGUCAAAAUUAUAGGAGAUUUCCUCGCUUUCAUCACAAACAAGAUGGCUCUAUGCGACGUAUGGCGGGAAGUGUCAGACAAUGAAUUUGAAAAUGCCAAAGAAGGAAUGGAAAAGCUUGUCAUGAACAGAUUAUAUUCGCAAACAUUUUCGCCCGCGAUUCCACCGCCACCCACUCAGGCAUCACGAUCGCGCUCGAGGGGAAGACGGAAGGAGCAAGAGAAAAAUCCUUUGCCCGGAAGACGCGGUCAACAUCAGGAAGAUGUGGAACGCGAUGACAUCCUUGCUCAAAAGAUACGUAUUUACAGCUGGAUCCGUGAAGAACACCUGGAUCUGGAACCCGUCGGCCCGAAUGGAGAAAGAUUUCUGAGGCUUGCCCAGCAAGAGCUACUGAAGAUCAAGGGGUAUCGAGCUCCAAGAGACAAAGUUAUUUGUGUUCUGAAUUGUUGCAAGGUGAUCUUUGGAUUGUUGAAGAAUGCAAAGAGCUCGGAUACUUCGGCUGAUGCAUUUGUGCCACUUCUCAUUUACGUCGUCCUCCAAGCCAAUCCAGAGAAUCUUGUGUCGAAUGUACAGUAUAUUCUGCGGUUCCGGAACCAAGACAAACUCGGAGGGGAGGCUGGCUACUAUCUCUCGUCUCUGUCCGGGGCUAUCCAGUUCAUCGAGAAUUUGGAUCGUACGACUUUGACCGUCAGCGACGAAGACUUUGAGCGCCACGUCGAGCUGGCUGUUUCAGAGAUUGCCGCGCAAAAUCGCGAGGCCGAGGCGCUAAGUCCGCGUUCCUUCCGAGAGAAAUCGAGCAUCGCCGAGCCAGAAUUGACGCCCAGAAACUCCAUGGACGUGGUUUCUAGUAGCCCCCAGCGCAGAGAGCCGAGCCGACUGAACAGCAGCUCGGAAGUCGGCUCGGAAGAUGGCGUUACUGGAAUUCUACGAUCGAUUCAGAAACCUCUGUCUUCAAUUGGGCGCAUUUUCUCCGACCAGGAUACCUCUCAAGAACACAGGUCUAUUCCACUGCCAGUACCACAGACGGGUGCACGGUUAAGUCCAUCAGUGUUCCAGCCUCCACCUGAUGGAGGAGCCCCAUCGUACGAUGCCCAAGAAGCAGCAGCAAGGCAGGCGAGCGCAGAAGCUGCAGAGGCACGACGUAUCCAGAGACAAGAGCACAGGACUGUGGUUGAGACAUUGUGCGGGAUGUUUCCAAACCUUGAUAAAGAAGUCAUCGAUGAUGUUGUGCGGCAAAAAGAAGGCAGGGUUGGUCUGGCGGUGGACGCAUGCUUGUCUUUGACCGCUGGUGGCUAGAAGCCGAGACACAAUUGCGACAUACCGUGAUCGUGCGUCACAACAACGAAAGAUUGGGGGACCCUCGACCAUUGCUUCAAGCUAUGAUCUUUGUCUACCGUCCGCAUACCAUUGCUCUCUUGACCAGCAGUGUGCGGACCGGAGGCGGUGUCGUAGGCUUCGGCCACGACGGGCCAGUUUCAGUCGCUGGCUAGUGGCCGACAAGACUGCACUCAGCUUGCGGCACCUGCCCGAAGUGAUGGAGAUGGAGACAAAAUACUCGCAACCACGGGUGCCUGAAGAUGGG